CUAAUUGGGCUAAGUUCAUAGGAAAAAUGUGCACGUUACAGAAACAGGGGAAUUUAUUCAUUCUUACACUCACCGGCGACGAUGAGCACAGGCUAAAUCCUUCUCUUAUUGAUUCAAUCAGUUCCGCUCUCGAACGGAUAACGGCAGAAGCAACAGGCAGCUCCGUUUUAAUCACUACGGCUCAGGGCAAAUUCUUCUCUAAUGGCUACGAUCUCGAUUUGGCUUCGUCCGAUCCAUCCAGCUUAGAGUUAAUGGAUUCCAAGCUCAAAUUGCUCAUUUCUGAAUUUUUCAACCUUCCUAUGCCUACGAUCGCGGCUGUUACCGGCCAUGCUUCGGCGGCCGGAUUCAUAUUGGCGAUGAGCCAUGAUUACAUCCUGAUGCGAAAGGAUCGUGGAUUUCUGUACAUGAGUGAAAUUGAUAUCGGAUUGAAAAUUCCGAAUUGGUUCGUGACUUUGGUGAAGAACAAAGUGAAGUCGCCUGUAGCUUGGCGUGAUGUGGUUAUGAGAGGUACUAAAUUGACUGCUGACAUGGCAAUCGAGCAGGGUAUCGUCGACUCCGCGCACCACGGUUCAGCGGAGACGAUGAAGGAGGCUAUAAAGCUUGGGGAGGUGUUAAUGGCGAGGAAAUGGGAUGGGAAAGUUUACGCACAUAAUAGGAAGGUUGUGUUUUCAGAUGUAUUGGUUGUGCUAAACAAUGAGAUUGUAUCUAGAUUGUAAACAAGUAAGGUGGAAUACAUUAAAAAUAAAAAUCGAGUCGAUAACUUUAUUGUUCUCUUUGUUA